AUGAUUCUCAUUUCGAUUACAUUGCUAUUAUUGGCGGCGAGAUGCGAGGCGAGGAACAACCCACCGCAAUUUCUCACGGAUCGCGGCCAAGAGAUCGUCUUGAAGCUCAAGGAGGGUCCGGAAACGCCUGUCGGGAGCCAGAUUUACCGAUUGAAAGGCGUAGACCCGGAUGGAGAUGACCUGACCUUUGGGGUACGAGAGCAACCGGAUAGCGACGUGAUAAGCAUCGAAAAGUUCGGCCGUAACGAAGCCAACAUCUACAUCAGGAAGCCGCUCGACAGGGAGACGAAAUCCGAGUAUGCAUUAGUGCUGACACUUACCGACGGCAAACUCGAGGGAAACUUUAUUACGCAAAGUUUGUUGCUCGUCGUGGAGGACACCAAUGACAAUGUGCCGCUAUUCAAAUCACACCCAACAAGUUUGACGGUUCGCGAAGAUGCUCAUCCUGGUGUACUUGCAACUGUCGAGGCAACUGAUCUCGACGAAGGUGCUCACGGUCAGGUGGUCUAUCACCUACAAGAAUCGGAUGGCGAUAACGAAUUGUUUUCCGUGUCAACGGUUAAUGGUAAAGGUGUAAUUAGACUUAUUGGCCAACUUGAUUACGAGAGGAAGUAUCUGUAUCAACUGAGGAUUCUUGCGAUCGAUCGAGCUAUUAAUGAAAAGGUCAAUACCGGCUCGACGGCAAUUUUAAUAAAAGUACAAGAUGUCGAAGAUCAGCCUCCCGAAUUUGUAUCAAUGCCGUCCGUUGCGAGGAUCAGUGAAAAUGCAAAAAUUGGCACAUCAGUUUUGCAAGUACGUGCAGUCGACGGCGACAAAGGUAUAAACAAUCAAGUGACCUACGGUAUAACUCGUGGUCCACAAUACUUAUUCGACAUCGACGCGACAUCUGGGACAGUGUUUACCACAGCUCAACUGGACCGCGAAGCACCAGACAAUAGUGACGGCUCGUUCAUUCUUGAGAUCACAGUUAGAGAGGUUUCGAAAGUUAUAUCGGCACCUUCUGUCUCCACUGAGGUCACUAUAAUCGUCAUGGAUGUCAACGACGAGACACCUACUUUCCGCAGCAGCAGAUACAUUGCCGAAAUUAAUGAGAAUGCACCGCAAAAUACACCGGUUACGUUCAUCGGCGAUACCAUACCCGAAGUCUACGAUCAUGAUUUGGGAUCUAACGGGACAUUCAGAUUGAUUAUGAGCGGGGAUCAUGGAAUAUUUGAAGUGACCCCGGCUCAAGGUAUCAACGAAGCUCCAUUUUUAAUAAGGGUUAAAGAUUCGUCAAAAUUGGAUUUCGAACAAAUCUCAGUGUUAAAUUUCACGCUGACUGCCAAAGAAAUAGUGCCAAAUUCGCCAAAGAAGAGCAUAGUGCCGGUGACGAUCUAUAUAAAGGACCAAAACGAUAAUUAUCCGGAGUUUACGGAGAGUAUUUACGAAGUACACGUGCCCGAGGAUUGCGCAGCCGGUGCAACUGUCGCUUGGGUUCAAGCUUUGGAUGAGGACAGUGGUAAUUUCGGCACAAAGGGAAUUCGAUAUACCAAUUUAGGCGGUAGUCUCGCUCAUGCUUUGAGACUGAAUUAUCAUACUGGCGCAAUAACUGUCAAGGAGCCAGGUGCACUAUUCGAUCGCGAACUUGUCUCACGUCAUUACUUGACGGUGGAAGCUCGCGAUGACUUAGGAAAAGGGAAUCGCAACACUGCCCAACUUAUAGUCAACAUAAACGACGUCAAUGACAACGCUCCUGCCUUUUUACAAAAUAAAUACGAAGCUGUUAUUCUCGAAAACGAAAAUCAUUUCGAUGCGCCUCUCGUAGUCGAAGCUUUCGAUGUAGACUUGAAUGGAACUCGCAACAGCGAGAUUUUGUACUCGAUACUGCCUAGUGAUUACUCGCGUAAUUUCACAAUAGAUGCUAAGCACGGUGUUAUUGCACCAUUGAAGCCCAUGGAUUUUGAAGUUUUACCGACGCAUCUAGCAAAUGGAAAAGUUGAGCCCUUUAUUAGACCCUUGAAGUUAACUGUGAGAGCCAGAGAUAUGGGAGUGCCGAGUUUAAGUUCUGAUGUUGCGGUUACAAUUUAUUUAAAAGACGUCAAUGAUAACGCGCCAUCGUUCGAACGAGCUGUUUAUACGAAAAAUGUAGCUGAAGAUUUACCUGGUGGAACGAGUGUAUUACAGGUUAAAGCUUGGGAUAAAGAUCUGUCGACGCCUAACAACAAAGUCGUGUACAGAAUUCAAAGAGGCGCGGGUGACAAGUUUGUUAUAGAGCCAGAGAGCGGAACGAUCAGAGUUGCCAGUGGUUCCAAUUUAGAUCCGGAUUUAACUUCUCCGAAGACCACCAAAUACAAUCUCAAAGUAUUGGCAAUUGAUAGUGGCACCGAAAUUCAAAGGUCUGCCGAAGUACUCGUUGAUAUCUCCAUAGUCGAUGUCAAUAAUAAACCGCCGGUUUUCGUUGACCCUGGAACUGUUGUUGUUCGAGAAAAUACUCAAAUUGGAACUUACGUGCAUCGAAUAGUAGCAAACGAUCCCGACAUAGCGCCGAUACUACGCUAUAAAAUCGAUCCAAACUCAUCGGAGGCAAGAAACGAAGAAGGCACUCUAAUUCGUAUCCAGGAAUACGAUUACUUAGCUGCUCUAGAACUGAAUGCAGUCGAUGGCUUGCUCAAGCUCGUAAAGUUACUUGAUAGAGAAAGAGUUGAGACAAUUAGGCUUGGCUUAGUGGUCGAGGAUUUGGCUGCCGUCAAAGGUGUACAGGUAGCUUCUGCGAUUCUCAACAUAGUGAUCGAGGACGAAAAUGAUAACGAUCCGCAUUUCCGUCGUCCCUUCUAUCGUCGUUACGUCACUGAAAAUAGCAAGAAUGGCGUGCACAUUGUCAGUAUCGUAGCUAACGACGCCGAUAAAAAUCGCACGAUCACCUAUACGCUUGAAAGUCCACGUGAGUUCACUGACAUGGUUAAUCUCGAUCGGGAAACCGGAGGAAUGACUGUCGCCAAUAAAAUUGACAGAGAAAUUUAUUCUUGGAUUAAUCUUACCGUUCGAGCUACAGAUUCAGGAAUUCCUCCAAGAUCUAGUUUAGCAGAAGUGUGCAUUCAAGUGAUCGAUGAGAACGAUAAUAAUCCAUUCUUCAGCACCGAUCUGACGAAUGUAACAGUAUUGGAAAAUGCAAAAAUUGGUACAGAAGUGGCAUUGAUCGAAGCUCGAGAUGCAGAUAGCAGUGACUUCGGGAGAGUUACCUAUCUCCUCGACAGGAUGUCUUCACAGGGCAAAUUUGCUAUUCAUCCGGAUAGUGGCUUGCUUACUGUCGCCGAUACGCUCGACUGGGAAACAAAGAGCUCCUACGUGCUCGUUAUCGAGGCUUGGGAUAAUUAUCAAUUCGGAUACGCUACCGGAGAAUCUAGAAAUGCAUUCAAACAGAUCGAAGUCACUGUAGUAGAUGUUAAUGAUAAUGUGCCAAAGAUAGACAUACCUGAAGGAUGUGCAACUAUUUCGGAGUUUCACGAUGUAAGAGAAAGCAUUGUGUUUAUUAAGACUGAGGAUGCAGAUAAUCAGAUGACACCGAAUGGUCGGACAAUGAUUCGAAUUUUCUCGGGAAAUGAAUUAGGUUAUUUUACGUUGGAACAAACAGAUUAUUGGUCGGCGCGUCUCAAAGCGUCCGACUCCCUUCGCGGUAGAUUCGGAAAAUACUCAUUGAAACUCGAGGUACAAGAUCUCGGCAAACCAGCCAACAAAGUUUACGCAACUCUCGAUGUUUGUGUCACCGAUUACAACGACAAUCCACCUGUUUUUAUCAGUCCACAGCAUAACAUUACAAUACGAAUUCCAGAGAAUAUGACUGUUGGAUCGGAAAUAGUACAAGUUCAAGCAAAAGACGCAGACAAUGGACCGAAUGGAGAUGUUCACUAUCGAUUGAAACAAGACAUAGCUGGGCACUAUCAAACUUUCCAAAUUGAUGAAACAAAUGGAUCUGUAUAUUUAAAAUCACCCCUUGACAGAGAAAUCCAAAAAUUAUACGAGAUACGUGUAGAAGCGUACGAUCUUGGCACCCCGACACCAUUAAGUUCAGAUCUGGACCUGGUGAUCUACGUGAAGAACAUUAACGAUUACGAGCCGCAAUUUCAAGUGGACGUACACCACGUAAAUUUUACGGAAGAGCGAGCUGCUGGUAGCGAGAGCCAACUAUUGCCUGAGACCAUUGACAGAGAUGAGGUCGAUGAUCUCGACGACCCGCCGACUCACGUCUGUUUCUUCAUCGUCUCUGGCAACGAGCAACGUACUUUCGACCUUGACAGCAACACACAUCAAUUGACGACGGCAAAAUCAUUGGAUCGAGAAACCCAAGAAGUUUACGAGAUAGUUAUCAAAGCUACAGAAGAUUGUAAUACUGUUCCGCUGGCAAACCAGACGUUUAUUGAGAAAGAUGAUACGCUGUUAAAAGUCAUCGUUACGGUCAUUGAUAUCAAUGACAAUGCACCUAAGUUUAUCAAUAAAGUUUUUACAGGGGGAGUUACAACUGAUGCUGAUUUUGGAAUGGAGUUUAUGCACGUCAAGGCUACAGAUUUAGAUAGCGGUGAGAACGCUAUUGUUAAAUAUUACUUGAUUGGAAAGAUACAAAUGACACUAACCGAAGGACUCGACAAUAUACAAUUACAACCAUUUUUAGUUGAUGAAACAACGGGAGCUGUAACUUUGAAUUUCGACCCUCAGCGUAGAAUGAAAGGAUAUUUCGACUUUACAGUUCUUGCCAAUGAUACUGCAGGAUUUAAUGACACAGCAAGAGUUUUUAUUUACUUGCUGAGAGAAGAUCAACGCGUUAGAUUUGUGGUCCGACAACAUCCACCAGAAAUACGUAGUAGAAUCGAAUAUUUCCGAGAAGUUCUCGGUAAUGUGACCGGCGCGAUAGUAAACGUGGACGAAUACAAGAUUCACGAGAACCAAGAUGGCUCAGUCGAUCGAACGCGUACAGAUUUGUAUCUGCACCUCGUGAAUCGGGAAGACAAUUCAAUUUUUGACGUAUCGGAGAUUCUGGCUCUGGUUGAUCGUAACAUCGAGAAACUGGAUAGUCUGUUCAAAGAGUUCAACGUGCUAGACACCCAACCGGCACAACCACAAUCACUGGCACAGUUUGAACAAGCCGGCACGACUCUUUGGUUGGCAACUUUGACGCUGUUUUUGGCAGGACUGUUGAUCGUUUGCGUGGGAGUGUGUCUUGCUCAAAGAUCGUCGUAUCGGAGACAGUUGAAGGCUGCAAACGCUACGCCUUUCGAUUCCGAAUUCAUGCGAAGUCCUGGGCGUGUUCCAAACACGAACAAACACAGCGUCGAAGGUUCGAAUCCCAUUUGGAUGCACGCCUACGAGAACGAAUGGUUCAAAAGUGACGAAUCCAUUAGUCAUAACUCCGAGAGAGAUUCGCUCGAUGAAAAUGCUGUUAUUAAUGAGGAGGCUAUGAACGAAGCGAAUAGAAAUGAAAUUACUACAGAGGAUAAGCCGUACUAUAAUCAACAGAGAGUAACUUCAAUAUUUAGUGUUGAAACGACAACGAUCGAGACAACAACCGACGAAACGAACGGAGAAGGUGGUGGUAGUCCAAAUCGUAAGUCACCAGUCCAUCGAGGCCACAAUCAAGUGCUCAAUAACCCAUUUGUUCAUAAUGUAGAAACGACCGAACUCUGACAAUUAAAGAUAAGGAGAAGGAUUCAAGAGGCACGCAGACGCAAAAAUAGAUUAAGAAAAAUUCGUGAAGGAAUUUGUAAAUAUUUCUAGUUUUUCUUUGGUCCUGAUCAGAUUUAUUUAUUUAUAAAGAACGUAAAUUUAGCAGAAGGAUGUUAUAGACUUUGUAAAUGUGGGUGUGAAUUUGAGAUUGGUGAAAUAUAAUUUUAAUUGAAGACAGCGAUGUACAUAAUGAUACUGCCA